UUGAGAUUCUCCAUCCGUCAGUGUUGGCCAGUCCGGCUAUCUCUCGUUUAAUUGUUUGAUAAUAUUUCAAACAAUCAUUAAGUUUAUCAAAAUCAUAUUGCACAAAUAGCGUAACCUGGUAUAGCCCGUAAGAUACAGACAAUGGGAGUUGAGAAAAACGGGAGUAAAUACGAGGCGUCCGUGGACACCGGCGAAGACGAGAGAGGCUCGAAUUUCUAUGUGUACUACCUGACGUGUUUCGCCACGAUCGGCGGUCUGCUGUUCGGAUAUGACACGGGCAUCAUCUCAGGGUCCAUGCUUCUCAUUGGCGAUAACUGGAACUUGACCACGAUAUGGAAAGAGUUGAUUGUCAGCGCCACUGUGGGAGCCGCCGCCAUCUUCGCGCUCAUCGCCGGCUACCUCACGGACUGGAUCGGUCGGAAGAAGGUAGUCAUGUUCGCUAGCGUCAUCUUCACCGGCGGGGCCGUCAUCAUGGGCGCUUCCGUUAACAAGGAGAUGCUCCUCGUCGGCCGUCUUGUUGUCGGUGCUGGUAUAGGUUUUGCAUCCAUGUCAAUCCCUGUAUACGUGGCAGAGGCGGCUCCCCCGGAGAUCCGUGGGCGGCUCGUCACCAUUAACCAGCUGUUCAUCACCAUCGGUAUCGUCAUUUCCAGCAUCGUCGCUGGUCUCUUCUCUGUCAACAAGGAGAACGGCUGGAGAUGGAUGUUGGGUCUUGAGUCACGAUGCACAGAGAGACGCACUAUUGUGCAGUACUUCAAUCAGAAACCUUUGGAAACGUGUGGUAUGACGGGCUGGUUGGACAGCUAG